CGGCCCUAAACUCCGAAAUGACCUUACUACGCAUGCGCCUCGAGCCGCUAUUUAUAAUCUGCUCCGUUCGUGGCCGCCGCAAGGGUUCCCGGAGGAGGUGUGUACAUGGAUGAACUGUGAGGUUGGAAAAAGUGAACGUGCUCCAAGGGCCAGAUAAGAUACUUGCUUUUAUGUCAUUCUGCAAAGACUAUCUUAAUAGCUAUGGGUGAAUAUAGCCGCUUUAUAGACUGGGAUAAAAUGGAUUCUACAAUCCAGGACCAGGAUGCAAAGGAACUGACCAGCACAGAAUUUCAGGACCUGAAGCAACUGGCUCGCCAGGGAUAUUGGGCCAAAAACCACUCUUUAAGAGCCAAAGUGUACCACAAACUGAUUAAUGAUAUCCCUUGCCGCACAGUGACUCCAGAUGCCCACGUCUACCGGGACAUUGUGGUGAAAAUUGCUGGCAAACGUAACAGCAGCAGUCUUCCGCUUCCAGAAUUUUUGGACAACAGCCUUGUUCCCACUUACUGCCUGAAUGCAGAAGGCAUUGUGGCAGUCAGGAAGAUAAUUUCAUGCAUUGCAAGCCAGUUCCCGGACAUAUCAUUCUGCCCAGCUCUGCCUUCAGUGGUAGCACUUCUCCUCCAUUACAGUAGGGAUGAAGCAGAGUGCUUUGAGAAGGUCUGUCGCAUCCUUGCCUGCAACGAUCCCUCCAAGCACUUCAUUGAUCAGACGUUCUUGGCUUUUGAGUCAUCUUGCAUGACUUUUGGCGAUCUGGUUAACAAAUACUGUCAGGCGGCCCACAAGCUGAUGGUAGCAGUUUCUGAGGAUGUGCUAGAAGUAUAUUCAGACUGGCAACGGUGGCUUUUUGGAGAACUGCCUCUGAUUUAUGUUGCACGGGUCUUUGAUGUAUUCUUGGUAGAGGGCUACAAGGUUCUAUACCGUGUUGCAUUAGCUCUUCUCAAAUUCUUUCAUAAAGUCCGGGUUGGGCAGACUAUGGAGUCAGACAACGUUCAGCAGGACAUCCGAGCUUUCGUUAGGGAUAUUGCAAAGUCAGUGUCUCCUGAGAAAUUGCUAGAGAAAGCUUUUGCAAUUCGGCUCUUUUCGCGGAAGGAGAUCCAGCUUUUGCAGAUGGCCAAUGAGAAGGCUCUUCAGCAGAAAGGGAUAACCGUCAAACAGAAGAGCAUUGUGUCCCCAAAAAGGCAGAAUGUCCACUUGGCAGUUCAUGCUGAGAACUUCAAGUCUGAAAUAGUUGAUGUAAAGAAGAUGAGAGACAUCUGGUCAUGGAUUCCUGAGCGCUUUGCACUUUGCCAGCCACUGCUGCUGUUCACCACCUCAGAACAUGGCUGCAGCUUAAGCAGGUUCUAUUCGCAUUGCGAGGGACAUGAACCAACUCUCCUUCUGAUUAAGACAACGGCCCAAGAGGUCUGUGGGGCUUAUUUAUCAACCGACUGGAAUGAACGCAAACGAGGAGGAAAUAAGCUGAGCUUCUUUGGAACAGGGGAAUGUUUUGUGUUCAGGCUGGUGCCUGAAGUGGAACGCUAUGAGUGGGUAAUAAUCAAGCACCCAGAGCUAGCCAUGACAGGACCUGAACAAGGGAACAAUUCCUCCCAUAUUUCUGACCCUCCAUCCACAACCAGCCUCCCCUCAGACCGCCUUUCCCCCUUCCUUUCUGCCCGGCACUUCAACCUGCCUUCCAAAGCUGCAUCCAUGUUUAUGGCUGGUGGAAUUGAAUGCAUCAUUAUAGGUGGAGGCGACGGUCAAGCUCUCUACAUUGACGCAGACCUGAACCAUGGAAGAACUGGCCACUGCAACACUUUCAACAACCAACCAUUGUGCUCUGAAAGUUUCCAGAUAGCUAUCAUAGAGGUUUGGGGUUUCAAGGACACUAUGAGCAACUGAGGAGAUAGAACCUACUUUCAAAAACGGCUAGCUCAUGGAGCAUCUUAUGAUUCUGACCACAACUCCAGUUGCAAGAGUCGAGCUUAUUUCUGAAUCCACAAAAUCAGUAGGCUCCUAUUUUGUAAUUUAGAAAGCUAAUUUGCAGGGCUCACUUAGAUGCAGGGGCCUCAUUGUUCAGCCAUUGUAUUCAUACGCAAUUUGUAUUUGUCUAAGUGAUUUAUCCUUGGCCUCCUGUUCUUACCUCUGGAAACCUUUAUGCAUAUCCUGAUAUUUUUGGUAACAAGAAGGUGGCCUCACUUCAGGUUGACUUUUAUCCAUGUCAGAGCCUUCAUGAGGCCAGAUAACAUUUCUGAUGUCAGCAAGUGCUUGUUGGUGGCUGGAUUUAUCCAGCGGUGUAAUUUUUCUUCUUUUGCAGAAGCUUCUAAAUCCCUGCUAACAUUAGCUUGGAUACAGAGUGACUCCCAUGCAAUCCAAACUGAUUAUGUUUCCGAUUUUUCUCUCCUCCCAAUUGCAGUCUUGCUUACUGCGUGCCACGCCAACCUAGAGGCUUCCCCAGAUCCUCGGGGGGCUGCAGUGGGAAAGGGAAGGAUGGGAGAGACCCAUUGCACAUGUGCAGAACACACUGCAAAUGGAUUGUUUGAUCCAAGCCAUUAUUUCUAUAACCUAUUAGAGAAAUCUGUUAAAAGCACCAUUGUGUGUGUGUGUGCGCGCACACGCACUCAUUUACACACCUUACAGCUGGCUGUUGCCCUAAUUAGCCAGUCUUCAUUUGACAUUCUGCUGUGUGUGAAGUGAGGCUGACUGAGUAAUUUGGGGGUACUCUCCCACCCCCCUUUGGUCUUCAGUGCCACUGCUCUGUCAAAGGCAUUUUGUCUGACAUGCUGCCAUCCUGCUUUUCUGUUUACAUUCCUGAUACUGCAUAUCAGUGAUACCAUGAUUUUUUUUUAGGGGGUACAUUCAGGCAGCUAGCAACCCUUAUGGGAUACACAACACACUGAACUACUUCCUCCUGAGUCGUUGCUAUUUGUGUUGAAAAGAAGCUGGGAGGAGCUUGAAGCAGUAUUAGCUAAUUGACCUCAAACUUUGGCACAGUCUUUUAAAGUGAAGCUAUUGCAACAAGUUAGGGGAAAUGGCCGAUGCUUGUUUUGACUAUUAAUGGACUGUUUCUUCUAGGGACUCUAGGGGGUGCUGCAUCCUCAUUAACCUGACAGAUCCCUGGUCACUGGAAGCUUUCUUUCAUGCAGCCUUUGGCUGUUUGGUUAGUAGUGGCAUCUCUUCAGUUCAGGUUGCCACGUGCUAAGCAAAGUCUGCCCCUAUACUAACACAGAAGCGUUAAGCACAUCUUGUUGGUUUUCCGCUUCCCUUUUUUUUGUCUCUGAAUGGGCCGUGAGAUCUGCUCACUCCGAGCUUAGCAAAUGAAGGAGGGAGCUUUGCCAUAUAUGAUAUCCGCAUAACUGCAGUAAAGUAGCCAGCUUAGAAGAUUUUCCUUCAGAACUGGUUAUUGACUGGAGUGCUUAUGCCCUGUCUUAGAAACAACACAGCCUAUGGCUAAAAAUAGGGGGGAAGCCAGCUUGUUACAGAACUUGCUCGAUUGAGGCGGUGCAAAACUCUGCAUGCUUUAGCUUUUGGGGAGGUUAACAUGGGCUUGAAGCUAGGAGGUACUUAAGAUAAUAGCUCAAGAACAUAUCAUAUAACCUGGCUUGUUUUAAGCUUGUUUUGGCCCUUUCUCUUACAAUUUCUAGCAAUGUGGACCAAAUUCUACCUGCCUAAUUUGCUGGACGUUGUUUGGUAGUGGAGUAAAUACAGACACAAAAAGAAUCCUUUGCAUGGUGUCUCACAGUUGAAGCUGUUUGCUCGUGCUGUCUGGGGAGCUUUAUCUGCAAUGGGACUGCCCUCCUCUGAAUGAAAACUGGUGACAUUUCUGGCCAUCUUUCCACAGCCCAGCCCACUCGCCGUCACUUCUCUGUUGGAGCAGAAUGCAGCACAUAUGAACAACACCAAAACAUCCAACUAAGGUGAAUUGUUUAGGAUGUGGAAGUCUCAGCAAACCAAGUUGAGCAUGUUUCCAUACCUAUCCAGAAGGUGGCACACAUUUCUCAGUGGAUGUUGACAUGGUGAAAAAUAAAUAGGUGUUAACAGUCAUCUAAGCUUUUGUGAAGCAGAGCUGUGAAAGUGGGGGUUGGGAUAUUACUUGCAGUCUUGAGAAGGGUGCAGCUCAGAGUUUCCUGCAGCAGGUUUGGCAAAAAUAAAAAAUACAUCUCCCUGUUAUGUUUCCCAAUCUGUUUUAAGUGGGUUUUUUUUUUAAGCAUAAGCAGUUUUGGAUGAUAUGUCUUGAAGUCGAUACCUUAUUCGUGAUUUCAUUAAGCAUGCUGAUAUUAGGUUUGUGUCUUCAGUGUUUUGAGAUCUUGAUGAUGACUGAAAAGGAGCCAUUCUAAAUGUGGUUUCCUGGGAGAUAAGUAAUAAUACAGUAGGUUGGACAGCAACACUUGCUGGGUUGAGGAAAGGAGAGAAAUCUUGGCGGUAGCAAGAAGUGACAUGAAUGUAACUAGAAAUAGCUUCCAACCUAAUUCUUUGGGGUGCAAGUAAAUUUCUACCCACCUUCAGUAGACUGCUGCAGUGCUAGAAUUUUCUUGGGAACGUUUCAGUAAUUCACUGAGAACCAUGUACUUGUUGACAACCAAGACUCCUUAUUUCUCACUGAGAUUACAUUUAGCUUUUCUUGCAUAUGAAGAGGGAACAGAAGAGAAAGUCAAUAUUACCCUUAGAGUUAAAAACACCUCAUACUAGAAAUACCUUUCAGCUUUAGCAAACCACAAAAACUGCUUCAUUCAUUAAAUCAGUUGUUAAUCCCAGAACUGAUGUUAAGCAGAGAAAUUAUAUAUAUUCUGAGGUGUUUACUUCUUCAUGUCUCUUGAAAUAAGUGUUCUAGUUUUCCUCCAAAAUCUGAAUAUGUAUAUUUUUGCCUCGCCAGCGUAAUGUGUUAAUAUCACAAGCAAUCAGGGCCUUUGCCCUCAUCUACACACAGUUGGGGCAGAGGAGCUUUGGUGUUGCAGAUACAUAUCUAGAAGGUGAACCAGUGGCCAGAUCUCAGCUGCUGUCUCCUCUCUCUCUUUCUCCCUCCAGGCUGCUGUGUGUCCCUUUGGUGUGUGUUUUGAGAUGAGCAUUGUACCUGAUUGUAAUGAUACAUGUGAAUGUGCCUAUUGCUGCUGACAAUGUGGUGAUGUUUAUUUCCCUGGAGGCAAUUGUAGCUUUUUUGCAAUGUGAAUUUCUUCCCUUAACAUAUAGCUUAUGUCUCCCUUCCACAAUUUAUGUCACUGAUGGCAGUUGUCUCGUGUGUGUGUGUGUGUGUGUGUGUGUGUGUGUGUGUGUGUGUGUCUGUGGCCACACAGAAAUCAAAUUGACUUUUAACAGAAAAAUAAACUCCGUGUAUGACUUGACUCUUCAAUGCAGCCACAUGGCUACUGGUGCUUCCUAUCUUAACUUUUCUGUAAGUAGUUGGUCCUGUAGCCAGCAGCUUGUUUAGUUGCCCAUAUGCUGGGAUACUGAGAUCUUGGGUGUGACCACCUGCCACCAAGAACACCAGCACCCUACUUGGGUAGCUUGAUUCAUAAUUACCCCUCCUUUAUUGCUGGCUUCCUAAGCACCAAAGCAGUCCCUCUCUCUAACAAGCAAGGGGACCAGCUUCUUGGAUGCAUCUUCCAAGGCAAUUAGCAUCAUCCUUAGAAAUCAACCAGGAAAAAGUUUCUAGCAAGGGCUCAGUUACAGGAUAGUAUCUCAGUUUUAUUGCACAGGAUACCUGAAAACUUGAAUGGGUUGCAUGCUGUUGAGUCCGAGAAACAAAACCUCUUGGACCACCACAAUUCCACGCAAACUGGAUAUAAAUCUGGACAGCAUGAGAAAGCUAAUUACCACCUGAUUUGACUAUGAUAAGCUAUGUAAACACGAGGCAGUUCAUCCCACUUUGAACAAGUGGGAUCUUGUGACAGUUGCUCAUACUGUAUUAACUAAUAUGCAGCAUGUAGAGCAUUAGAGCUUGGCCUGUUUGUGGUCUCCUGGACCACAAGGUAUAGAAAUACAGUAAAUUGCCAAGAUGGUCACAAAAGCUGUGUGCACCACCAUACAUUUGAAGAAUAUGGCUUCCUGCAAAGAGUCCUGAAGACUGGGAUUCCCCAGGAUUAUUUGGGGGGGGGAUCAUGUGUUUUAAAUGUAUGGUGUGUCCACCACCUAAGGGAAAGUUAAACUUUGAUGUACCAUAGCUAUGGCACAGGCAUCCCCAAACUGUGGCCCUCCAGAUGUUUUAGCCUACAACUCCCAUGAUCCCUAGCUAACAGGACCAGUGGUCGGGGAAGAUGGGAAUUGUAGUCCAAAACAUCAGGAGGGCCGAAGUUUUGGGAUGCCUGCUAUAGCCAUUCUUGCCUUUGGCACCACCCACCACAGGCAUGUGUCCCCUGCAAGGCUACCUGUGGACGAAUGCGGCCCUCAGGCUGAAUUUCCCAUCCUCGCUAUAUAAGCAUUGUAGUAAAGGUAAGGGACCCCUGACAGUUAAGUCCAGUCGCAGACGACUCUGGGGUUGGGGCGCUCAUCUCGUUUACAGGCCAUGGGAGCCGGCCUUUGUCCACAGUUUUUCCGGGUCAUGUGGCCAGCAUGACUAAGCCACUUCUGACGCAACAGAACACCGAAACCAGAGCAGCGCAUGGAAACGCCGUUUAAGCAUUGUACAUUACUAUGCAAUAUAGCAGUACUUCAUUCUGGCCUCUAGAGGUCCCUGUUCGGCUGAUUUCAAAGGCAGUAGCAACCACUAGACCUUCUAUUUGCAGAAGGCUUUAACUGUGGAUUCAAAGCUGCUCUUUGCAGGGGGAAGAAAGUACUCAGCUUCUCUGAGGCAGGGGCGGGAGACUCCUUCAUGAGCUGCACCAUCACAGCGGUGGCACCUAACCUGACCUGGCACUGCACACUGGUACAUAGUAACACAGGUCUAGAUUUUACUAUUGCAGCCUUGCAUACCGACAGGCUGGGCAUUUUGCCCAUUAAAUCUCUGGUCAGUUGGGAGCUGUGGCACAUUCUUGCCUUGACAGCAUAAGUCUGGCAGGGCCCUACAGCCGUCUUAACCCUCCAAGGCAUGGAUCAAGUGUACUGUACCUGGUUGCCCUCGCCCUACACUGACCUGCAAACAAGCUUCAGAGGAGCAGUUUUCGUCAGGAGCACAAGCGGCUUCCACAUGCAUUUUCUAAAACACUUUCAAUGUAAAGACCAAUUUAAUGUUUCUAGGUUACCCCUUGCCCCCAGAGUGUAGGGUGUCCUCAAUUAGAGGGGGAGACAUCUGUCUGAAUCCCUCUUUGGUAAUAGCACUGGAGUGAACACACAGCAGCACGUCAGACUGAUCUACACAAGCACACACUACUUCCUUGCAAUUGGAGGUGCAAUUGCACCAGACACAUGGAGCCAUGCUGAAGUAUCAAGGUUGGUGCUGCAUACAAUGAAAUAUUCUAGCGAUUGCUGAAAUUCUUUGGGGUGGCAGUGGCCCUACACUCUGGAUAAGCUGGUGCCCACCGUGCACAGCUCCUCCAGGGACUGUUCCUUAAGCUUCUCUGCUGGGCAUUUCAAAACUCUGGUGCUAACUGUGAGUCACUAUGGAGGCAGCACCAGGCAUCCUGGAAUUUCCUUUCCUGACCAGCAGCUUGAAGAGACCUGUAGAUUCUUGCAGCUAUUGCCGUGCCGCUAUUUCCAUCCAAAGGAGAGAGUGUAUGUCUGGUUACAAAUUGUUAGUAAAAUGGAGCCAUCUCACGCUGGCUUUUGGCAUCUCUGAGCCCUUGGGCCAGGAUCACAGAAGAAAUGCUGUGGCUGAUGGAGAAAACAACUGCAGGGUGUGUAGCAAUGCAAGUGUAGUUUAAAAUCCGGGGUUCCACUUUGCCUGCACAUGAUGGUUUUUCAUCUUCAGCCUUAUGGUGCUUUGGUAAUAUAGGAACAUAGGAAGCCUUAUAUUGAGUCGGACCCAGUGGUCCAUUUAGUUCAGUAUUGUCUGUACUGACAAGCAGCUCUCCAGAGUUUCAGACAGGAUACAUUCCCAGCCUUAUGCUGCGGCACCUUGAAUUGAACCAGGGUUCUUCCACUGCACUGUGACUCUUGCCCUUAAAAAAUGAAUUACAAUUUUAGUGCUCAUGAUCUAGUCAUCAGCAUCAUAAACUUUUACUUCACUAGCCAAAGACCAUGACAUCGUCCAAAAACAGAUCUAUUUGGAGGGACUUGGGUUGUUAUGGAAGAGUAUUCAGCCAUGCAACAUAGAAAGCAGGCCAUGGCUGUCAAGUUCUCCCCUUUUUAAAGGGAAAUUCCCUUAUGCUGAAUAGGCUUCCUCGUGAGAAAAGGGAAAACUUGAGAGCUAUGAAGCAGACACACACACUCCAUUGAUCUACUUAUCUGAGUAUUGUCUACACCAGGCAUCCCCAAACUUCAGCCCUCCAGAUGUUUUGGACUACAAUCCCCAUCAUCCCUGACCACUGGUCCUGUGAGCUAGGGAUCAUGGGAGUUGUAGGCCAAAACAUCUGGAGGGCCGCAGUUUGGGGAUGCCUGGUCUACACUGACCAGCAGCAACUUCUUAGAGGUUUCAGACAUGGAGCCUUCGCCAUCCCUGCCUGAAAAUGGCAGAGAUUGAACCUGGGACCUUUGGCAUACAAGGCAGGUGCUCUACUACUGAGUGACAGCACUUCCCCAUCAUUUGCUUCAGGUAAGCUCGAACUCAUAAACUCAGUACUUCUGUGCCACCAAAUACUGCAUCCUAAGUGCCAUGCACUAACUGAUUGCAUCGCUAGAGCUGCAAAAUGCUUACCUUUUGGAGUGGAACACAAAUUUUUGCAUUUAUAUCCUGAUUUUGGAAGAAAGUGCAAGGUGGUUAAUGAAUUUUUUAAAAAAAGGGCAAUACUUUCCCAGGAGUUCUUCCCAGUUAUCCUUUGCUGGUGAUGUCAUUCAUAUGCCUGUAGAUCAU